CUUAUUAAAUAGAUAAAAAUGGCUACUGAGUUUGCUACCCAGUCUUUCAAAGACAUGCCAGGUGCCAUGGACAAGCUGAAAAUUGAAGCGGUGGAAGUAAGAGAAUCCCGAAUCAAUUGGCAGAGCUAUUACCAAGGUCAAAUGAUCAGCAAAGAAGACUUUGAGUUUAUCCAACAAUUCGAUUUGGCACCUAGACACCGUAAAUGCGAAUUAUUAGAUACCAAAGGACCCGAGUGCGUGAAAUCAAUCCUGACAUUGCUUCGCCAUAUUCCAAAAGAUCAGAAUCUGCGAUACAUUUUGACAAUUGUCGAUGAUCUGCUGGAGGAAGACAACUCGCGGGUAGAAUUAUUCGUGCAGCAUUCGAAGAAAGGAGGCUCUAGUCUGAGUUGCUUUCUCCCCUUUCUACUCAGACCGGAUGCCUUUAUUGCUCAUCAGGUGGCUAGAAUUUUGGCUACGAUCUGUGUUAACGCAGUAGACCAGAUGGAGGAACAGGAUCUGGAUUAUUAUUUCACAUGGUUUAUUACGCAACUUGGAACAAACGGUAACGAAUACCUCCAAAACGUUGCAAGAUGUUUGAUGAAGUUACUAAGUGUAGAAGCUUAUAGACAGCGACUGGUUAACACGAAGGAAGCUGUAGGAGUAAUCAUUAGAGCUCUUGGGAAAAAGAUCCGAUUCCAGUUGCAGUACCAGCUCAUUAACUGUCUCUGGCUGCUGUCGUUCAGUCAAAAUAUAGUGGAGACUACUUUGGUACAGUACAAUCCCAUACCCGUGUUGGGUUCCAUUCUCAGCGAGGCUAUCAAAGACAAAGUUAUCAGGAUCACUGUCGCAUUUUUCAGAGUGAGUUCGAUGAUUGCGCUCGAUCAAAUAUAA